CGCCGUCGCCGCCGCCGGGCUUUCUCCGUCCGCCGCCGCCGCCGCCGCCGCCGCUGCUUCGCGGACUGGAGGGCCCAGGCGUCCCCGGGCGAGCGGAGGCUGCGGGUGGGAGCCUUCGCGGGCACUGCGGAGCGGGCCGGGGGAGGCCGGGAUGGAGCCCCCCGGAGGUGACCGGAGCGGGUGAGCCGGCCUCCCGAGCCUGCAGGCGGCCGCUCGGGGCCUCCCGGGGGAGCAGCGGAGGGCCUGCGGGCCGCGGCGACAUGGCCCACCUCCGGGGCCUGGCCAACCAGCACCCUCGCGUGGACCCUGAGGAGCUCUUCACCAAGCUCGACCGCAUCGGCAAGGGCUCGUUCGGGGAGGUGUACAAGGGCAUCGACAACCGCACCAAGGAGGUGGUGGCCAUCAAGAUCAUCGACCUGGAGGAGGCUGAGGACGAGAUCGAGGACAUCCAGCAAGAGAUCACCGUGCUCAGCCAGUGCGACAGCCCCCAUGUCACGCGCUACUUCGGCUCCUACCUGAAGAGCACCAAGCUGUGGAUCAUCAUGGAGUACCUGGGCGGCGGCUCCGCCCUGGACCUGCUGAAGCCGGGCCCCCUGGAGGAGACCUACAUCGCCACCAUCCUGCGGGAGAUCCUGAAGGGCUUGGACUACCUGCACUCGGAGCGCAAGAUCCACCGGGACAUCAAAGCUGCCAACGUGCUGCUCUCAGAGCAGGGCGACGUGAAGCUGGCGGACUUCGGGGUGGCGGGGCAGCUCACGGAUACGCAGAUCAAGAGAAACACGUUCGUGGGCACCCCCUUUUGGAUGGCACCCGAGGUCAUCAAGCAGUCGGCCUAUGACUUCAAGGCUGACAUCUGGUCGCUGGGGAUCACGGCCAUUGAGCUGGCGAAGGGCGAGCCCCCCAACUCGGACCUGCAUCCCAUGCGCGUCCUGUUCCUGAUCCCCAAGAACAGCCCGCCCACGCUGGAGGGCCACCACAGCAAGCCCUUCAAGGAGUUUGUGGAGGCCUGCCUCAACAAGGACCCCCGAUUCCGGCCCACUGCCAAGGAGCUCCUGAAGCACAAGUUCAUCACGCGCUACACCAAGAAGACCUCCUUCCUCACCGAGCUCAUCGACCGCUACAAGCGCUGGAGGUCGGAGGGCCACGGCGAGGAGUCCAGCUCCGAGGACUCUGACAUCGAUGGAGACCCUGAGGAUGGAGAGCAGGGCCCCAUCUGGACGUUCCCCCCCACCAUCCGGCCGAGCCCACACAGCAAGCUGCACAAGGGGACGGCCCUGCAUGGCCCCCAGAAGUCGGCAGAGCCUGUCAAGAGGCAGCCGCGGUCGCAGUGCUUGUCCACGCUGGUCCGGCCCGUCUUUGGAGAGCUUAAAGAGAAGCACAAGCAGAGCGGCGGGGGCGUGGGGGCGCUGGAGGAGCUGGAGAACGCCUUCAGCCUGGCCGAGGAGUCCUGCCCUGGCAUCUCGGACACGCUCAUGGCUCACCUGGUGGAGCGGGUGCAGAGGUUCUCACACAGCAGAAACCACCUGACGUCAACCCGCUGAGGCCACUGCUGUGCACACACGGGGAGAGGGGGCUUCGUCUUUUGCUGUGUUGUCAAGGACUGUGCUGGCUGGUGCCCGUCUGCUGUCCUGGCUGCAGGCCUCCCUGUGGGGUCACCACCCCCACCCCCGAGCAGGGGGCUGCCCCACUUCCAUGUCCCCUCGUGGCCGGGCCACGGUCACACUCAGCAGCAGAGAGGCGACAGGCUCGGUGUUCUCCAGCCCGUGAGGCCAGGCUGUCCGCUCUGCGGGCUCCCAGCAGCGCGGCCCCGCACGCAGCGGAGCAGAGACUUCUCUGGGGCACAUCUGCGUCCUCCCCGCCCGGCCCGACGGCCCUUGGAGGUUGUAGAUUUGCCUGUGGUGUUGGAUCAGGUACCAUGUGUUCUCAUAAGCACUGGUGUCAGCCAGAAUGUUUUGUUUUUUUAAGAGAACCGAACUCCCUUGCUUCCCUAAAUAUCCUGAGGUUAAGGUGUUAGUUUUUUCAUAGAAUGUUGAGAGGCUCCUGCCACUUUCAAUAAAGACCUGAACUGGA